GUGACGUAAUUCGCAUGCUCGAAACAGAAUGGCGUGUCAAGGAGGAUGAACGCGAACGUUUUAUUCGAAAAACUGACUUGGUUGCCGUGGACAACAACGCGCCGUUGAACUUGUUUGUAGUUUAUAAAACUUUCACUAAGGCUAUAUUGAAACCAAUUUGUGAGAAUGAGCGUAGAUGCGUACGGUCCAAGCUCUCAAACCUUGACCUUUUUGGACACAGAAGAAGCGGAUCUCCUGGGUGCGGAUACUCAAGGGUCUGAAUUCGAUUUUACAGAUUUUACCUUACCAUCGCAGACCCAGUCACAAACUCAGGCAUCUCAGCUAGAUGGAGGUCAAAGCCAAAGUCAGGCUUUGGGCAUUGAACCUGUCCAAAAUGGCAUUGGAGGAGUUUCCCAAGGUAUUGGGGAGCUGACAUUUGAAGAUGACGAGGAAGAUGCAUUUUAUAUGAAAGAUUUACCAAAGCAUGCUUGCAUGUACUGUGGUAUCCAUGACCCAGCAUGUGUGGUAUACUGCAAUAUGACCAAGAAGUGGUUCUGUAAUGGAAGGGGAAAUACAUCUGGCAGUCAUAUCAUAAACCAUCUAGUACGAGCCAAGGCAAAGGAGGUUACACUGCACAAGGAUGGACCACUGGGGGAGACUAUCCUAGAAUGCUACAACUGUGGCUGUAGGAAUGUAUUUCUCUUGGGUUUCAUACCUGCUAAGGCAGACUCUGUGGUGGUACUGCUGUGUAGGCAGCCUUGUGCCACACAGAGCAAUCUAAAGGACAUGAACUGGGACCCAAGUCAGUGGCAACCUCUGAUUCAAGAUCGUCAGUUCCUUCCUUGGUUGGUGAAAGUUCCAUCUGAGCAGGAGCAGUUAAGGGCACGUCAGAUCACUGCACAACAAAUCAAUAAGCUAGAAGAGCUUUGGAAGGACAACCCAGAGGCUGCCAUUGAGGACUUGGAGAAACCUGGAGUGGAUGAGGAACCAUCCCAAGUACUGCUAAGAUAUGAGGAUGCCUACCAGUACCAGAACAUCUUUGGACCGCUGGUGAAACUGGAGGCAGACUAUGACAAGAAACUGAAGGAAUCGCAGACUCAGGACAAGAUCGUGGUUCGCUGGGAUGUUGGCUUAAACAAGAAAAGGAUUGCUUACUUUGUGUUUCCCAAGGCUAAUGAAGAGAUGAAACUGAUGCAUGGAGAUGAACUGCGCCUCAGGUACUUGGGAGAGAUGCACAAGCCCUGGUCAGGAGUGGGCCAUGUGAUCAAGAUUCCAGACAACUUCAGUGAAGAAGUGGCCAUAGAGCUGAAGAGUAAUGCUGGUGUACCUGCUGAGUGCACACACAACUUUGUGGUGGAUUUUGUGUGGAAAUCCACUUCAUUUGAUAGAAUGCAGGCAUCUCUGAAGACAUUUGCUGUGGAUGAAACCUCUGUGUCAGGAUACAUCUACCACAAGUUGCUGGGACACGAGGUGGAGGAUGUGGUGAUCAAAUGUCAGCUGCCGAAGAGGUUCAGUGCCCCAGGACUCCCUGAGCUCAACCACUCCCAGGUUUAUGCUGUGAAGACUGUGCUGCAGAGACCAUUGAGCUUGAUUCAGGGUCCACCAGGUACUGGCAAGACUGUUACAUCUGCAACAGUUGUGUAUCACCUUGCCAAGCAGACCCAGGGGCAGGUUCUUGUCUGUGCACCUUCUAACAUUGCUGUAGAUCAGCUGACAGAGAAAAUACACAAGACUGGUCUCAAAGUGGUGCGUUUGUGUGCCAAGAGCAGGGAAGCCAUUGACUCCCCAGUGUCAUUCCUGGCCUUGCACAACCAGAUAAGGAACAUGGAAAGCGUGCCAGAGCUGUCCAAGCUGCAGCAGUUGAAAGAUGAAACGGGAGAGCUCUCGGCUUCUGAUGAGAAACGAUUCCGCACAUUGAAGAAGCAGUGUGAGAAAGAAUUGCUGCAACAUGCUGAUGUCAUAUGCUGCACAUGCGUUGGAGCUGGUGAUCCACGGCUGGGCAAGAUGCAGUUCCGCUGUGUCCUGAUUGAUGAGAGCACCCAGUCCACAGAGCCGGAGUGCAUGAUCCCAGUGGUCCUGGGGAGCAGGCAGCUGAUCCUGGUGGGAGAUCACUGUCAGCUGGGCCCUGUGGUCAUGUGCAAGAAGGCCGCCAAGGCAGGCCUGUCCCAGUCCCUGUUUGAGCGUCUUGUUGUGCUGGGGAUACGUCCUAUCCGACUGCAGGUGCAGUACAGAAUGCACCCUGCCCUUAGUAAUUUCCCUUCUAAUAUAUUUUAUGAGGGUUCAUUACAGAAUGGAGUGACAGCCGCUGAGAGAACUAAAAAACAAGUGGACUUUCCUUGGCCUCAGCCAGACAAGCCCAUGUUGUUCUAUGCCACUACUGGACAAGAAGAGCUGGCCUCAUCUGGAACGUCCUACUUGAACAGGACUGAGGCUGCAAAUGUGGAGAAAAUUGCCACACGCUUUUUGCGUUCUGGUGUGAAACCUGACCAGAUCGGAAUCAUUACACCAUAUGAGGGACAGCGGGCUUUUAUAUGCCAGUACAUGCAGUUCAGUGGACAGCUACACCAGAAACUGUAUCAGGAAAUAGAGGUGGCUAGUGUUGAUGCAUUCCAAGGCAGAGAGAAGGAUUUCAUCAUCCUUUCUUGUGUGAGAGCAAAUGAACACCAGGGAAUUGGAUUCUUGAAUGAUCCCAGGCGUCUGAAUGUGGCACUGACUAGAGCUAGGUAUGGUAACAUUGUGGUUGGAAACCCCAAAGUGCUCUCUAAGCAACCACUGUGGAACCACUUGCUGACUCAUUACAAGGAGAUGAAAGUUUUAGUGGAAGGGCCACUGAACAACCUCAAAGAGAGCAUGAUUCAGUUCAGCAAACCCAGAAAACUGGUUAAUGCUGCAAAUCCUGGUGGCCGUUUCAUGAGUAACACCAUGUUCAGUGCCCGUGAAGCCAUGAUCCCAGGCAGCGUGUAUGACAGGAGCCACAUGAUGAAUGGAGGUACCAACUUCCAGAGGGAACUGUUUAUCCCCACACAUGACCAGCUAGGCUACAUAGGACCUGAGAGGGCAUACACUGCCAGCCUGCCAGUUCCAGUGGGCAUGUUCAUACCACCAAUGCAGCCUGCCUACCAGCAACAGAUGCUUGGUGGUCGUGGAGGUGCAGCGAGAAGAGGAGGUCAGAAGGGAGGAAGACAGAAACCUCCUCGUUAUACACAGCAGAACACCUCGCAGAUGUCCCAAAACUCUCUGAUGAGCAGUCAAGCCAGUCAGGAUGGCACACAGCCCUACUCCCAGGGCCCUCUCACUCAAGGUGGUUUGUCCAUGAGCCAGCCUUUCACCAUGAGUCAACCAGGACUGUCUGGCCUUUCUCAGCCUGAACUCUCACAGGACAGCUACAUGGGUGAAGAAUUCAAGUCUCAGGCAGACAUGUUGCUGUCUCAGGACUCCACCUACCAAGGGGACCGUGCCUUUUUCCCAUCUCAGCCACUGUCCCAGGGAGGCCAAUUCUCACAGUACUAGGUCUACACUGAGGGAAGCCAACACUAUGGGAUAAGAUAAAAACGGAAGAUGUUCUACAGAGUUAUCUCAACAUCCAUUGAUGAAGUCAGGAGUGACCGGUCGCUUGAAAGCGUGGGUGGGAGAGGGGAGACAAGAAGGAAAAGGGACCUUGCAGGAAGCAGAAGCUCUCACAGGACUCAAUGCUGCAUGGAGCAGAGGUUGCCAGAAAUGGUUUGACAGACCUGAGGAAACUACUUGUGUGGCACCGAUUUUGGUAGCUACCAGGAGACCAGCAGCAGCGGGAACAGCAGCAAUCAAAUGUCAUGGAGUGAAGGGUUGGUGGUUGAAGAAGCAAGGCCCUAGUCGACCUGUGAAGGAAAUGGUCCUCCUCAAUACCCAAUUAUCAAAACGAUAAAAGAUAUUCAGAAAUCAAUUUUAUGUAAAGCAUUUGCUCAGCUUGUUUUGGUUUGGAGGCCUUGGAAGUUAUUGAUGACUAUCAGGUUGGCAUACAGAGCAGAUGUUAUGAAGCAAAUGAUGACCAGAUAUUUUUCUCUUAUGAUUACUACACAAAUUUGCAGUUUUCAUUGACUGUUUCAACAGUGAGGUGCUCAGAACUAUACUUAUAAUUUAAGGUCAAAGAAUUAUUGAAAAAUUAUUGAGAGAGUUAUUUGCAAUUUUGUAAUGUGAAAUUGUACUGCUUAUCAAGUACUCCAGACAUCUUUUAUUACAUCUAGACAUUGACGAGUGUGUCAGAAAAAGGGUUCUGCCUUUGCAGUACCAUUAGAUGUCAUUGAAAUAUACCUUUAUUUGUUCAAUUGGCACUGGCAAAAUCAAAGAAAUUGCAGGCAAAAAAUUACUGCAACAGAAAUAUUUUCUUGGUUUAAGGGAAGUAUAAAAUUGAAUAUUUUUGAUGGGUUUAAUUAUUUAAUGCAGCAGUUUACCAUCUGAAUUAUUAAAUUGCUGUUGUAAUAUUAAUCAGUAAUUUGUAGUUCUCAAGGGUGACUAAUGGUAGGAGAUUAAUAAGACUUUCAUCUAUUUUAAAACAAAUGAGUGUGAAUUUGACGUGAAGGUAGUGAAAUGGGUAGACUACCUGCUACUGAGAAAGGGAAUACAUCUUAAUGACUGAAGUCUAAUAAUAAUCCCUAGAUUAAAUUUCCCCAGUAUUUUAUUUGGGAGGGCAGACAUGCUUGAUUUUGGAAGGUUACCUAGCUUGAAGAUACCAUUUUUAAUUUUCUGAGAACUGUCAGUAGGCAAGUUUCAAACAACUAAAAGGUAAACAGUUUUUAAAGCUGGAAUAAGUAAAUGUCUGUCUACUUCAACACAAGUGCUGCAGAUUGUGGGCUGCCCACGGUCAUUGCAAUUCCUGUGGAGUCGAGAUGCAUGGGCAGCCAUUCUAAGUGCAGGUUUUAUUAGAACCCUUUGUUGUAUAGCCAGCAUUACAAAACUGCAGGAAAAUGGAUUAUUGAAGAAAAAAAUGCAUCACUGAAAUUUUUUGUGUAAAACGGUGUGAGUGCAUUCUAUGCGAAUCCAGUGUAGUUGUUGUCUGGUAUAUUUUGUGUUCUUGAAGUAGCUCUGCACUGAAACAGCUGUAGUUGCUCCUUCCUAGCAAAGAUUAGAUUCCAAAUGUUUUCUAAAGCCAAGGUAACUCACAAAAUGCAAGUAAGCUUUCCAGGUUUGUGAAAGAGAUUUAGGCACAGUAACAGAUGCAUCCCCUCCAUAUACUCUGGUUUGGCACACAGAACUUAAUCUAUAGCAAUAUAACAGCAUAGCAUAACACACCUUGAGGGAAACCACAUCUACUGAAUUCAGACAUUUUAGUUUAGGGAAAUAACAUCCAACAUCUAACAAUUAGACACCACAGCUUUUGACCAGAAGCUCAGCCCUAGCAUGUAAUGGAACACUGCAGACAACUUGCCUUCUAGAAGACAUGUUUGAUAUUGGUUUUCAGGAACUCCAACUUCUUUGAGCUCUUGCAUAAAGUGGACAACAUUGUAAGAUUUAUUAAUGUUGAUUUUCCUGAAAGUAAAUAAAAGCAUUGCAAUAGA